UUAUAAUCUCAUUUUAGACCUAUAUAUUAACAUCAUAUUCAGGUUGCAUUAGCCUGCAAUACUCUCAUUAUCAGAGAUAUCAGCCAUGUCCAAAUUUCAGAGCUUGUUUAGAUUUGUACUGUUCAUCACUCUUUCUGUUCAGGCCAUGGGCCGUGAUUGGCAACAUGCAAGCGCAACCUUUUACGGCGACAUGCAGGGAGGAGAAACUAUGCAGGGGGCUUGUGGAUAUGGUAAUCUCUUCCAACAAGGUUAUGGUUUGGAGACGGCAGCUCUAAGCACGCAACUAUUUAACGAUGGACAUUCUUGUGGUGCUUGUUUUGAGAUCAUGUGUGUCAACGAUCCACAGUGGUGCAAACCUAACGCAGUUAUCAAAGUCACUGCAACAAAUUUCUGUCCACCAAAUUGGGUUCCAGCUCCUGAUCAUUGGUGCAACCCACCUCGCAAACACUUUGACUUGUCCAUGGCUAUGUUCACAAAACUUGCAGAAUACAAAGCCGGUAUCAUUCCAGUUAUAUAUCGCCGAACCCCAUGUGACAGAAAUGGAGGGAUUAAGUUUGAGGUUAAGGGAAACCCCUACUGGACUUCUGUUGUGGUUUAUAAUGUUGCUGGUGCUGGUCUUGUUAACCACGUCGCAAUUAAGGGGUCCAACUCCGGUUGGAUUUCAAUGACGCGCAAUUGGGGCCAAGUUUGGCAGACCGGAAUCAAAUUAGUAGGGCAAAGCUUAUCAUUCCGGGUCACUGCUGGAGAUGGGGAAGUGCUUUGGUUAGAUAAUGUUGCACCAGCGAAUUGGCAAUUCGGUCAAACCUACGAGGGACACGGCAAUUUUAUAGGCUGAAAUGUUUGCGAAUUCUUUCUUAGUUAUCUGAUUUGUACCUUCUUGCAACAUUUACUUAUUUCGCUACAAGCUUCAUGUAAUUCGGAUUGUCAGUAAUAAUGUAGUUAUUCAUUCAUGAUUCAUGUUUUGUUUAAGAGAAAAAUAAUUGAU